CCUCAGCCUCAGUCGUACGUGGAGCAGCUUGGAUUAACAAGCUCCUGUGUCUCCAUAUUGUCCUAUAGGGUGUCCACUUCUAGACUCUCUGCUCUUUCCUCCACACCAGCAAUGAAGCUCAGCGUGGCCUUGUUCUUUGCGGGCCUCUUCGGGGCCCUGGCUGUCGUCUUUGUCCUCCUCUCGUUUGGAACAGAUUACUGGCUGUUGGCCUCGGAGAGCUGCACUCAUCCUACCACUGACACCACUUUAGAGCGUGGAGACAUAGUGGUGCAGAAUGUCACUAGUGGGGUCACUCUGUACCACGAGGGCUUCUUCUGGAAAUGUUCCUUCGGUAGCAACGUGGAGGAUGAGGACCUGCUAUGGAAGCUUUGGUUCACCAAUCAGCCGCACUCCAAAGUGUGCAUGCACUCCUACCUCUUCCCGUUCCCGGUGUCCCACCACACCCACAACGCCACAGCGUAUGAAUCUGCCAUAAUCUACAGGGGUUUUUGGAGCAUCUUCAUGCUCGUCGGCGUGGCAGCAGUGAUCCUUGGCGGCUUCAUCGUCAUCUGCGCCGCUCCCUUCGCCAACCACUGCUUGUACAAAACGGGUGGAGGCUUCUUCCUGGCAUCGGGUUUCUUCCUGCUGUGCGUGGUGGUGAUGUACGUGCUGUGGAUAGAGCUGCUGGACGUGGUGGACAUCUACGUGGACUACCAUCGCACCUUUGUGUGUCCCAACUUCCACUUGACCCUCAACUACGGUCUCUCCUUCAUGUUUGCUCCCGUUGGCAUCUUCUUCUCUCUGCUGGCCGGACUGCUCUUCCUCCUCAUUGGCCGGAGCAUCAAGAUCCACUACCGCUAACUGAAAAACAUGAGACAGACACACACGGAGACGGUAUCAAGCUGGGAAACGACUACGGUUUGGCGCAAAAGUCUUGGAGGACACCAUCUUAAUCAUGAUUUGAGUGCAUGAAGAAUGUAGCUCUCAACAGAACCAAUAUGGAACAAACAGCUGAGUCUGCAUUAAUACCGCUGAUGAGUUCAUUGUAAACUACGGGUACACUUUCAACAUUUUUAAAGGGCAUGCUGAGGUAGAUAAACGUGCUGCCAGCUUUGUAGAGUUAAAAAAAAGGAGGUUGCCUACAGCCAAUGUUUUUGUAACCCUAAUUAGAGAGCCCUUUUGUUGACCACGCACCUCCUGGUAAAUUGAAUAGAGGCCAUAAUUGAAGCAUUUACCGCAGGGGGAUCGUUUGUUAUUGGCUCGGGACACAUUUUGCAGACAAAAACACAGUGAAUUCCGGACUAUAGGCUGCUACUUUUUUCCUACGCUUUGAACCCUGCGGCUCAUAAAACGUUGCGGCUAAUUUAAGGAUUUUUCUUUGCUGACAGCCAUAAUGGAAAUAGUUUAAAAAACCAAACAAGCAAAUAAACUGGAAAGGUGUGUUAUUGUUUGUGCUAUAGCGCCAUGUUUUAAACGAAUUUGCUCACUGCAGCUGCUGCAAUGCCCUUUUUAAUAGAGCAAGUGCUGUUCCCUCUUCUAGCCGUCCAUAGCGUUUUUACUCGUAUGAAUUCUUCAUGCAUAAUUCAAAGCAACAUUAGUAAGUUUUACAAUACAACUAAAAACUGUUUAUACUUACUAAACCGUCCCAUGUGUGAUGUCUGUAGGAGUGUUUUCAUGCAUAUUUGAACGUGCUAUCGUAAUGUAAUCGAGCAAGCGUCGUUAGCAUUAGCUAGUAUGCUAACACGUUUACAAGUGUCUGAGUUAGUAUUAUUAACUUACAAUGGCAUUCUUUUUGUAUUGUUUCAGUUUCACAAAUUCCUCUGUACACUCACCAAGACGUCACCGUCUUGGUGAGUGUCUCACCAUCAAUCAGCUAAACAGACGUUGAGUCUGUUUAGCUGAUUGGAGAGCUAGCUUCCGGAGCUAGUGGGUCCAUGAUUAUGACUUCUGCUUUGUGUGAAGUGCCGUGUUAAAGGCACUGUUUGGAAACAACUAAGGUAUGUAAAUAAACAUUUACAAAAUCUUUCUGUGUAAAUAACUCAUUUAGUAACGUGUAUAUCUGCGGCUGAUAGUCCGAUGCGGCUAAUAUAUGGAAAAAUAUUUGUUUAAAAAAAUAUAUAUAUAUAUUGGGUGCUGCUUAUAUACAGGUGCACUCUAAGGUCCAGAAAAUACGGUAAACACGUUCUUGAUGGGUACAUCGCACAAGAUAAGACAAAGAAAAAAUGAAUGAGACCCAAAUCUCCCCAAAAUGGGACCUGGCAACGACAAUCUGUGCGUCUUACUCAAUAUGGUCUAUGACCAUUUCCGUGCGUCCUGUCAUUGAUAUGUUUUUACAUACUGUAUGUGUUUGAGAUUAUUUUACACUAAGUCAAAAUCAUUUACUGUUUUUUUAGAAGACAUAGUUUAACUAGCUACCAAUCAUAAUAUUAGUAAAGCACAAUAAUUAUAAGUAAUAUCUUAAGGGUUAUAGAUUCGUUAUUACACUCAUUUGUGUUGUUACCUACACCACAAAGCUAAUAUGUUCAGAGAGUUUAGCACCUAAGUGUCAAAGUCAAGGCCCGCGGGCCAGAUCCGGCCUGCGAAUGAAUUAUCUAUGGCCCCCAGGAUGAUAUUUGAUUAGUAUUAGAACCAGCCCGCUGGCCACAGCCGCCUGCUGCUGUUUUGCACGCACCAAUACUCCAUCAGUGUUGGCGCUAAGAAUUUUCAAAAUGGGGUCCCAGGGACCCCAUCAAGUCAUAAAAAUGGGGUCCCAAUUUUUUGGGUCCCACUUUUUUAUAAGCGUUUUGAAAACAAAUGAUAAAUGUAUGCAUUAUCCUGUUAUAUCUCACAUUCUAUAUUGUGUUUUGGAAAAAGGUUGUCAUAAACGUUACUUAAUUCAUUAAAAAAGAACAAUACAAAAGAAAAUAAAUGUUUAUGCAUAUGUAAAUGUAUUCAGUUAUAAACAUUCAUUCAUUUAUUUAUUUUUUAUCGUGCUCUGUUUGUGUUGUGUUGUGCUUGCUCGUUUCUCUUGUGUUAUCUUUUAACCUGCCCAUUGUACAGCACUUUGGCUACCCCUGUGGUAAAUUUCAAAUGUGCUUUAUGAAUAAAGUUGAUUUGAUUUGAUUUGAUUCACUUUCUUCUUUCCUUCAUGGAUCUAAACUUUACCGCUGCCGGUAUUUUUUUCUAUAUUUUUAUUGUAAUAUUUUCAGAAUGUGUUUGUUCUAUUUUUGGCCAAAGUAAGACAAAGAAAACAAUCUGAAGUUGUCUUUAUUUUUUAGUUUUAAUGCCAUGAUUUUAAUAGUCCGGCCCGCGUGUGCACAGAUUUUCCUCC